ACAAGGUCGACUAAUUUUAUUUCCUAGUAGUGCUUCUUUUUCUUGCCUUUCAGACACUGGGAACAUGUUUUCUGGCGAUUAUUUGCAGGCCACAAUCUAUCCUGCCCAGGACUUUAAUCCUGCUAUGGAUGCAGAGAUGCUGUGUGAUGCAUUUCAAGGAUUUGAAUGCAAUAAAGAUAUGCUGAUCGACAUUCUGACCCAGAGAAGCAAUGCACAAAGACAAGUGAUUGCUGAGGCUUAUCGGGAGAUGUAUGGCAGGGAUCUUAUAAGUGAUCUUAGAGAAAAUCUUUCUCAUCACUUUAAACAAGUUAUGGUUGGACUCAUGUAUUCUCCAUUCCUUUUUGAUGCUCACGAGUUAUGGCACGCCAUGAAGGGAGGAGACACAGAAGAAAACUGUCUCAUUGAUAUUCUUGCCUCAAGAACAAAUGAGGAGAUCUACAGGAUCAAAGAGGUGUACUCAAUGGAGCACAACAGUGACCUUCAGCAAGACAUCUACAACGAGACCUCAGGACACUUCAGAGACAUGCUGAUUAAUCUUGCUCAGGGAGUCAGAGAAUCAGGAUAUGCUGAUCCAGGCUCUGCUGCUCAGGAUGCUAUGGUUCUAUGGGAAGCGUGCCAACUGAAAACAGGGGAGCAUAAAAACUUGCUGCAAAUGAUCCUGUGUAACAAGAGCUAUCAACAGCUGUGGAUGGUUUUUCAGGAAUUUCAAAAUAUCUCUGGGCAAGACAUUAUAGAUGCAAUACGUGUCUGCUAUGAUGGAUACUUUCAGGAACUUUGCAUUGCAAUUAUUCUUUGCACACGGGACAGAUCUUCAUAUUUUGCUUACCGACUUUACAAUGCCAUACAUGAUUUUGGAUUUCACAAUCAAACUGUAAUUAGAACGCUGAUUUCCCGAAGUGAAGUUGAUCUUAUGACUAUAAGGAAAAGGUAUAAGGAAAGAUAUGGCAUCUCUCUUUUUCAUGAUGUAAAGCAAUAUGCUUCUGGACAUUAUGAAAGCUCUUUAAUCGCCAUCCUUGCUGGAGAUGCUGAUGACUAUUGAAGAAAAGAAAAUUAAAACAGCGGGGUGCAUCCAGUUUGAAGGAAUACAAAAAUAUGAUAGCAGGCUAAACAGUUAUUACAAGUUGCAUGUAAAUAAUUACAACAGUCAUUUUUCCCUUAAAAUAUAUGGUAUUCAUUACCCUUUUUGAUGUCAUUGUGGAAAUCGAUUCGCCUAGUUAAUGUAUUGCUUAUUU